GCUCACCCCGUAUCUGCCAUGCAAAACGAGGGAGCGUUAUGAAGGAAUCCGUCUUGUAAAGCCAUUGGUCCUGGUCAUCAGCCUCUACCCAAUGCUUUCGUGAUGCUGCUGCUGAUCUAUUUGGGAAGUUGGCUGGCUGGCGAGGCAGAGCCUCUCCUCAAAGCCUGGCUCCCACGGAAAAUAUGCUCAGUGCAGCCGCGUGCAUGAAUGAAAACGCCGCCGGGCGCUUCUAGUCGGACAAAAUGCAGUCGAGAACUCCGCUCGUUCUGUGCGUUCUCCUGUCCCAGGGCCAAAAAACCCACCUGCACUGCAUGGUUUCCCCAGCAAGAACAUCCCAGUGAGAAUGGCCCACAGAUGCCUGGGCAUGGCUCACCUGCAACUUCAACCAUGCAGGUGCUGCUGCUAACAUCUGCAGAAGAUUUGGACUGCACUCCUGGAUUUCAGCAGAAAGUGUUCCAUAUCAAUCAGCCAGCUGAAUUCAUUGAGGACCAGUCAAUUCUAAACUUGACCUUCAGUGACUGUAAGGGAAAUGACAAGCUACGCUAUGAGGUCUCAAGCCCAUACUUCAAGGUGAACAGCGAUGGUGGCUUAGUUGCCCUGAGAAACAUAACUGCGGUGGGCAAGACUCUGUUCGUCCAUGCACGGACUCCCCAUGCAGAAGAUAUGGCAGAACUCGUGAUUGUCGGGGGGAGAGACAUCCAGGGCUCCUUGCAGGAUAUAUUUAAAUUUGCAAGAACUUCUCCUGUCCCAAGACAAAAGAGGUCCAUUGUGGUAUCUCCCAUUUUAAUUCCAGAGAAUCAGAGACAGCCUUUCCCAAGAGAUGUUGGCAAGGUAGUCGACAGUGACAGGCCAGAAAGGUCCAAGUUCCGGCUCACUGGAAAGGGAGUGGAUCAAGAGCCUAAAGGAAUUUUCAGAAUCAAUGAGAACACAGGGAGCGUCUCCGUGACACGGACCUUAGACAGAGAAGUCAUUGCUGUUUAUCAACUAUUUGUGGAGACCACUGAUGUCAAUGGCAAAACUCUCGAGGGGCCGGUGCCCCUGGAAGUCAUUGUGAUUGAUCAGAAUGACAACCGACCAAUCUUUCGGGAAGGCCCCUACAUCGGCCACGUCAUGGAAGGGUCACCCACAGGGACCACAGUGAUGCGGAUGACAGCCUUUGAUGCAGAUGACCCAGCCACUGAUAAUGCCCUCCUGCGGUAUAAUAUCCGUCAGCAGACGCCUGACAAGCCAUCUCCCAACAUGUUCUACAUCGAUCCUGAGAAAGGAGACAUUGUCACUGUUGUGUCACCUGCACUGCUGGACCGAGAGACUCUGGAAAAUCCCAAGUAUGAACUGAUCAUCGAGGCUCAAGAUAUGGCUGGACUGGAUGUUGGAUUAACAGGCACGGCCACAGCCACGAUCAUGAUCGAUGACAAAAAUGAUCACUCACCAAAAUUCACCAAGAAAGAGUUUCAAGCCACAGUCGAGGAAGGAGCUGUGGGAGUUAUUGUCAAUUUGACAGUUGAAGAUAAGGAUGACCCCACCACAGGUGCAUGGAGGGCUGCCUACACCAUCAUCAACGGAAACCCAGGGCAGAGCUUCGAAAUCCACACCAACCCCCAAACCAAUGAAGGGAUGCUUUCUGUCGUCAAACCAUUGGACUAUGAGAUUUCCGCCUUUCACACCCUGCUGAUCAAAGUGGAAAAUGAGGACCCACUCGUACCCGAUGUCUCCUAUGGCCCCAGCUCCACAGCCACUGUCCACAUCACUGUCCUGGAUGUCAACGAGGGCCCAGUCUUCUACCCAGACCCCAUGAUGGUGACCAGGCAGGAGAACAUCUCUGUGGGCAGUGUGCUACUGACAGUGAAUGCCACGGACCCCGACUCCCUGCAGCAUCAAACCAUCAGGUAUUCUGUUUACAAGGACCCAGCAGGUUGGCUGAAUAUUAACCCCAUCAAUGGGACUGUUGACACCACAGCUGUACUGGACCGUGAGUCCCCAUUUGUCGACAACAGCGUGUACACUGCUCUCUUCCUGGCAAUUGACAGUGGCAACCCUCCUGCUACGGGCACUGGGACUUUGCUGAUAACACUGGAGGACGUGAAUGACAAUGCCCCCUUCAUUUACCCCACAGUAGCUGAAGUCUGUGAUGAUGCCAAAAACCUCAGUGUAGUCAUUUUGGGAGCAUCAGAUAAGGAUCUUCACCCGAAUACAGAUCCUUUCAAAUUUGAAAUCCACAAACAAGCUGUUCCUGAUAAAGUCUGGAAGAUCUCCAAGAUCAACAAUACACACGCCCUGGUAAGCCUUCUUCAAAAUCUGAACAAAGCAAACUACAACCUGCCCAUCAUGGUGACAGAUUCAGGGAAACCACCCAUGACGAACAUCACAGAUCUCAGGGUACAAGUGUGCUCCUGCAGGAAUUCCAAAGUGGACUGCAACGCGGCGGGGGCCCUGCGCUUCAGCCUGCCCUCACUCCUGCUCCUCAGCCUCUUCAGCUUAGCUUGUCUGUGAGAACUCCUGACGUCUGAAGCUUGACUCCCAAGUUUCCAUAGCAACAGGAAAAAGAAAAAAAAAUCUAUCCAAAUCUGAAGAUUGCGGUUUACAGCUAUCGAACUUCACAACUAGGCCUCAAUUGUUCCGGGUUUUUGUUUUCUUUGCAAUUUCACUUAGUCUGUACUUCAUCAUUUUGACAGCAUCUUCCUCCCUCCUUUAAUUAAUGGAAUCCUCUGAAUUUUCCCUGAAUGUUUAAAGAUCAUGACAUAUGACUUGAUCUUCUGGGAGCAGGAACAAUGACUACUUUUUCUGGUGUGUUAACAUGUCGCUAGCCAGGGUUCCAGGCACCCAGCGUUGUCUGUGGGUUAGUAUUGGUAUAUGUAUGAGUAUCUGUAUGUGUAUAUACACGGUAUUUAUAGAGAGAGACUAACCCGGAGAAGCCUCGUUUUGACGCCAUUCUUCCUUGCAAGGUUAAGCAAGGUGGGUGAAAACUAAGACAACUGAACCCUCCAGGGCCUCCCGCCUCAAGGUCAGCAUGAGGACAGACCACAGAGCUGUCACUUUUGCUCUGAAGCUGCUUCUCCACUGUCCCGUUCAGUCUGAAUGCGGCCACGACCAGCCAGGCAGGUCCACAGAGAGGGAGAGCAGAGAAAGAAGUCCUUUCUCUUUACUGAGUUCGAGGACUGCAACCGAUUUUCACUGCCAUCUGAUGCCGUGAUCCUGAGCCAAGGUGGUGAGGAGCAGGGCGGGCAAUUUCACCACCACAUGCCAAGAAAAGGGCUGACAUUUUCUUUCAUGGGCACCAACCUGCAUUUGUCUGUGUCCCGAAUCCACAGUCGCACUGAUUCUUAUGGGGACACAGAUCAUGGUAAAGAAUCUCUCCCUCCUCAGUAAAUGUGUAACUGCAACUGUCAUCAUGGAGGUCAUACCUGCAUACAAAGAGGUCUACAGGUACCAUCUUGUAUACACAUAUAUACCCACAUGUACAGACAUACAUUUAUGCACAUUCACUCCGUUUGUUUCAUAUAUACAGGCAUAAAAUAGAGUAAAUACAGGUAGUUUUAAAAGUACCCUUUUGUGUGAAUUGACUACCGUUGUUUGCAAACCUGAAAAUAAAAGACGUUCAUUAUGUAUGAAAAGUAACUGAUUUGUAUUCUGUGAGCAUGUAAAAGCAGAAAGUUAGUGCUUGUUCUAAGAUUCCCUUCUUGUUGAUAAACCGUAAAUGAAUCAUCAAAGCUCACACCAAAUUUUUCUAUCAAAACUAGUGACAGCUUGUGGCUUUUGAUUAGAGCUCGCCACGAACUAGGGUAAGGUAAGUGUCUUAGCAUAUUUUAAUGCAGUUGCUUUACUAAAGGUUUUAACCGCACACGCACACACACACGCUUUCUUAUGCAAUCUAUGUUUGCACUUGUGCUUUCAGUUAGCUUUCUGUAGGAAGUAGAAGUCUCAUGUUGUCUUUGUUGUAGUGAAAUUAUACAGAUAGAGUUCCAUAUAUUGUAUUUGUUUCCAUAGUAAAUCCUUUUGGAACAUAUAGAAUGCAGAGAUUUUUUUUUUCCAUUAAAAUAAAUGGGUAUUGGUGGUUAAAACUGCUGGACAGUAACUUUUCUCUGAUUUCUAUCUUGUGUCUAAUGUCACUGAUGCUGGCUGGGUCUUGUCUUAGCGCAAGUUCACUAUUUGACUGACCAUUUGGGGUCUGUCGUACAUCUCUGGUAGGUGAGUGGGUCUAUAAAGACAGAAGUACCAGUUCUCAGCAUGGGCAAUGGACUCAUGUUGUCCACCUCAUGAUAUGAUCUGAGGGCAUCAUAAUCAGCUAUAAAAGUAAUUGCAUACUCAAAGAUGAGACGGACCAUUCUCAAUUUGAUGACCACAUUAAGCAUAGUCACAGCCAUCUGUCAAUAGUCCGAAGACCUGGGGAUUUUUCUCUGGAACAAAUCCUGCUGCUGGAUCAGGAGAUGCCAUACCUUGAACUUGAUAGGGUCAUUCUCCACAAGCACAUGCCCCCGACUCAGGGACAGGGAAAUCUAAGCCUGUGCAUUCACACUUUACAACAUUUCCUCUACUGGCUUAUAGGGCACUAUCACGUGCCUCCCUGGCACACCUCGCUGCCCUCUUCCUGCAAGCCAGGGGGAGAACGUUCACCCUUGAACAAACCAAGAGCAUCCUCAGCCAGUCAGGCAGCUGGUAGCCGGACACGUAUGCUAACUGGCAAUCAGGAAGUCGCCCUCCAACGUAAACUUCAGCCACCUGCAAGGAGAUACACAGCAGCUGAAUGACCAUUCACUGAAGGAAAUAGAUACAAGACGACUCCUUUUCUCUCAAGCCAGUAAGCUCUCCUGCACUUUGCAAACCGAACCAGAAGCUUAACUUAGCUGAAAAUUCAGAAAGGAGUAAAGUGCACACUUCAUUAAUAAAUAGAAUAUGCCUCAACUUUCCCUUAUUUAAACAUAUUCUCUGUCCCCACAGUUCUCAUCAGGACAGGGAUACUUCCGUCAUGUUGUUCUUUCUAAUACUUCCCAGAAAAAAAAGAAAAAAGAAACCAAUUCCUAUAGGCCAAAGUGGUAGCAUUUCCUGAAUCACAGGAUGUUUUGUUAACCUGCUGGAAUAUAUUACAUUGUUUACUGAAAACCAUAGUAGAAUCAAAAUGUUAUUUCAUUAUUACCUAUGCAUUUUAUCUGAGUCCAACUUAUUAAAAAAUGAAGUCAAGUAAGAACCAGAAAUUGCUUUUCCCAAUUACUGAGCACAGGUUCUGAGGGUCUUAUUUCCACUGAGCAAACAGUCACACCUUCACUUCUUUUUAUUAAUGCUCAACCACCUGAGUUGAUUAAAAAUCACAUUUUCUCCCUCAUUUUACAUAUGAUUAAUUAAUUAUUUUGGAUAAUUUGUUUUAAUAAGAAUAUGCACACAUUUUCUAAUUUCAAUGAAAGUCACCUUCAAUACUGCCAAUUCUCUCCAAAUGAGCAUCAUUUCAGGUGGAUAUACCUGCUAUGCCUCUUGGCCGACACCGGCAAAUCAAAGCAUCAUAAUGAAAUAAAUCCAGCCAGAUUUCAUGCUAGGUAUCAGAUAAGACUUUAGCUCUUAAAGAACAUCAUUAGAAAUUUUGAUAUCUCAUUCCAGAGUUUCAGAAUGUCAAUUUAAACAGUCUGAUAAAUGGAACAACCAUCUACCAUCACACUCAUAGAGUAGCUCAAAUUGCAUUUUACCCAGAAUAAAUACAUUGGGUCUUAAUCUUAAGAUGUGACAACUAAAAAAAUUUUAACAAGUCUGUGUUUGAUCCUGGAUUUGGUGCAGUUGCACCCAGGCACAAGCUUUCCAGAUGAUUCUGAGGAAAGGAGUCUACAAUUUUCCUGGGGGGUGUAU